AUGACCAACCUUCCAGCCCUCCUCCUCUCAGGAGGGCUCUUCCUCACCACGGCCCUCUCUCCCCUCGUCGCAGCUUCUUCAGCGCCAGAGACGAUGCUCCUGACGCCAAAACACGAAGCUGGCCGCUGCGCAGUCCGCCACAACUGCGGCUCCAAGUCCUUCUUCGGACCACAGCUCCCCUGCGUGGACAACGGCCCCGCGCACGAGCCCGAUGAUGCGCUGCGUCAACAGCUCGUUGAGCUGUGUGGGCCGAAAUGGGCUGAGGGGCCCGUGUGCUGCGAUGCCGACCAGGUUGAUACCCUGAGAGGCAAUCUGAAGACUGCGAACCAGAUCAUUGCGAGCUGUCCCGCGUGCAAGGAGAAUUUCUACAACAUGUUUUGCACUUUUACGUGUUCGCCGGAUCAGAGUCUGUUUAUCAAUGUUACGAAAGCAAUUGAGAAGGGAGGGAAGCUGUUGGUGACGGAGCUAGAUCAGCUUAUUAGUAAGGACUACGGAGAGGGAUUUUAUGACAGUUGUAAGGAUGUCAAGUUUGGUCCGACAAAUUCAAGGGCGAUGGAUCUCAUCGGCGGUGGCGCGAGGAAUUACACGCAGCUACUGAGGUUCUUGGGUCAGGAACGGUUUGGUGGCUCCCCAUUUCAGAUCAACUUCCCUGACCCCGAGACAUACCCCGAACGUAGUAUGUCCCCGCUGCCGAUGAAGCCGAAGAAGUGCAACGAUGAGGACCCGGCAUUCCGCUGCGCAUGUAUCGACUGUCCGGCUGUCUGCCCCGAGCUGCCCGCAGUUGAGAAGGCUGGCUCGUGUCACGUCGGCCGGCUGCCAUGCCUGUCGUUCGCAUCCAUCUUGACCUACAGCUUGGUACUCUUGCUGACGUUCGCGGCUAUGGCCAUCCGAGCUGCAUGGAAGAGGCAUACCAAGCGCCGUGGAGAGCGGCUCAGGCUGCUGGCUGACGCAACUGCGAGCGAAGACGAGGAUGACGACCGCGACGUGCUGGGAAAUAGGAUACGGCCUCCGCCUGCGAAGACCUACGUCCUCAAUACCUGGUGCGACACUGCCUUUUCCCGACUCGGACACACAGCUGCGCGAUUCCCGGCCCUGACCAUCUCAACGUGUGUGUUAAUUGUAAUGAUCCUCAGCGCGGGGUGGUUCCAUUUCGAGAUCGAGAAGGACCCGGCUCGGCUGUGGGUUAGCCCGACGAGUGCGGCUGCGCAGGAGAAGGCGUUCUUCGAUGAGAAUUUCGGGCCGUUCUAUCGGAGCGAGAAGAUCUUUUUGGUCAAUGAUACUCUGCCGUCGGGUCCUGGUCCGGUGCUAAGCUACGAGACGAUUGUGUGGUGGAUGAGCGUUGAGCAGAGCAUUCGCGCCUUGAAGGGACCUAAGUUUGGGAGCACCUUGCAGGAUCUGUGCUUCAAGCCGACCGGCGACGCGUGUGUCGUGCAGUCGGUGGCGGCAUACUUCCAGGAUGAUCCGGAUUUCGUGGACCCCUGGACAUGGAAGGAUACUUUGAGGGAGUGCGCCGAGUCGCCUGUCAAUUGUCGUCCCGCGUAUGGCCAGCCCCUGGAGCCGAAUAUGAUCCUCGGCGGCUACCCUGAGGGCGGCGACCCGGUCGAGGCAACUGCCAUGACCGUCACCUGGGUGCUCAGGAACUACGCCGAGGGCUCCUACGAGACAACUCGCGCUAUGGACUGGGAGGCGGCGCUACGUGAUCGUCUCCUUGAUGUCCAGGAAGAGGCAAGGGAUCGCGGUCUGAGGCUUUCUUUCUCGACAGAGAUCAGCCUCGAAGAAGAGCUCAACAAGUCGACGAACACGGAUGCCAAGAUAGUAGUCAUCAGCUACAUCAUCAUGUUCCUGUACGCCUCGAUCGCCCUCGGUUCGACAACCCUUUCGCUCCGUGACCUGCUGCGCAACCCGGCUAUCGCUCUGGUUGAGUCAAAGUUUACGCUUGGCGUUGUGGGAAUUCUCAUCGUGCUCAUGUCGAUUACGGCUUCGAUUGGGCUGUUUUCGUGGGUUGGUCUGCGCGCGACGCUGAUUAUUGUCGACGUCAUCCCGUUCAUCGUACUUGCCGUCGGCGUCGACAACAUUUUCUUGAUUGUCCAUGAGUUUGAGCGGGUCAAUAUCAGCCAUCCAGAUGAUGUGGUUGAGAUCCGGAUCGCCAAAGCCUUAGGCCGGAUGGGACCCUCUAUUUUGUUCUCAGCCAUCACGGAGACGAUUUGCUUUUCUCUGGGCUCGUUUGUCGGUAUGCCUGCUGUGCGGAACUUUGCGAUUUAUGCCGCCGGUGCGGUCCUCAUCAAUGCCCUUCUACAAGUUACGAUGUUCAUCUCAGUGCUCACGCUCAACCAGAUCCGUGUUGAGGAUGCCAGGGCGGAUUGCUUCCCCUGCGUGCAGGUCAAGUCGGCUCGGGUGCAUCUGGAUAACAACAGCAACGGGUUUGGCGCUGCGGCUAGGUAUUACGAAGAGCCGUCGGAGAGCCUGCUGCAGCAGUUCAUUCGCAAGACGUAUGCCCCCGCGCUGUUGAGCAAGAAAGCCAAGACUGUCAUCGUGACCGUCUUCCUUGGUCUCUUUGCCGCUGGAGUGGCGCUACUACCGGAGGUUGAGCUUGGCUUGGAUCAGAGAGUGGCCAUCCCCGAUGAUUCUUACCUAAUCCCGUAUUUCAACGAUCUCUACGACUACUUCGAUGCCGGCCCGCCCGUGUUCUUUGUUACGCGCGAGUUUAAUGCUACGACUCGUGAGGGCCAACAGAAGAUCUGCUCGCGGUUUACUACAUGCGAGACGAUGUCUCUUACCAACAUCCUCGAGCAGGAGCGCAAGCGCCCCGAUGUCUCGUACAUCUCGUCCCCGACAGCUGGCUGGCUUGAUGACUUCUUCAUGUGGCUCAACCCAGACAACGAAGCAUGCUGCGUCGAACGUCGCAAGCCUUGCUUCGCACGUCGCGAUCCGGCCUGGAACAUCACCCUGUCAGGAAUGCCGGAGGGUGAGGAGUUUGUGUACUAUCUCCGUCGCUUCCUGACCGCGCCAACAAGCGAAGAUUGCCCCCUUGCCGGCCAGGCUUCGUACGGUGAUGCGGUCGUGGUUGAUACCGAACGGGAUACCCUGUUGGCGAGCCAUUUUCGUACGAGCCACGUCCCACUCCGCAGCCAGGCCGAUUUUAUCAACGCCUACGCCGCAGCGAGGCGCAUCGCAGGUGAUAUCUCCCGUGCCACGGGGCUGGACGUCUUCCCUUACAGCCUCUUCUACAUCUUCUUCGACCAGUACGCCUCCAUCGUCGGGCUCACUACCGCCCUCCUCGGCUCAGCGGUUGGGAUUGUCUUCAUCGUGUCCUCCCUCCUCCUUGGCUCCGUGCGUACUGCCACGGUGGUCACCAUGACUGUUAUCAUGACCAUCGUCGACAUCAUCGGUGCAAUGGCCGUCAUGGGCGUCAGCCUCAAUGCCGUCUCCCUUGUCAACCUGAUCAUCUGUGUCGGCAUCGCAGUCGAGUUCUGUGCCCAUGUUGCUCGGGCAUUCAUGUUCCCUUCGCGAACGCUUCUCUCACGUGCCAAGGCCCGCUUCAACCAUGGCAGCGGCAGCGGGAGGGAUAAGACCUUGCGCGACGCCAGGGCAUGGACCGCGCUGGCGAAUGUUGGCGCUUCGGUCUUCUCGGGAAUUACGGUGACUAAGAUCCUGGGUGUCGCAGUUCUUGCGUUCACGAGGAGCAAGAUCUUUGAGAUUUAUUAUUUCCGGAUUUGGGUUGCGCUCGUUGUCUUCGCCGCAUCCCAUGCGCUUGUUUUCUUGCCCGUUGCCUUGUCUCUCCUUGGAGGCGAGGGAUACGACGACGUCGCGGGCGAUGGAGCCGGCGGACUGGAGGAGGAUCUCGCUAGACGCAGAGGGUAUGGUGUCCCCGGGGUGGGCGCGGAGAGUGAUAGUGACGAUAGUGGCGAGAGUGAUGAGGAGGAUGGGGUUUACGGUCACUAG